AUGAUACGUGUAGCUGUCGUUGGAGCUGGAGUUGUUGGUUUAUCCACUGCUUUAUGUAUAAAAUCACAACAUCCUUCAUUAUCUGUAACAAUUAUUGCUAAUCGAUUUCUUGAUGCAACGACUAGUGAUGGUGCUGGUGGACUUUUUCGACCUGAUCAACGAUUUAUUGGUGGUGUUGAACCAUCAGUUUUAAAAGAUUGGUGUCAAACAUCAUUCGAUCAUUUCAAUAAUUUGAUUUUUUCAAAUAUUGCUGCUGAAGCUGGUGUGUCUCAAGUAUCAGGUUAUCAACUAUUUAAUGAUUCACGACCUGAUCCAUCCUAUAAAGAUAUUGUAUAUAAUUUUCGUUAUCUAACAAAAGAAGAAUUAACUAUAUUUCCUGAUCAUUACAAAUAUGGUUAUUUUUGUACAACCUUUUAUGUUGAAACACGAAAAUAUAUGAAAUAUUUAACUAAAUUAUUAAAUGAAAAACAAGUACCAUUUAUUAAAAAGAAAAUUCAUUCAUUCGAAGAAUUAGUUGAAAAUUAUGAUAUUGUUGUUAAUUGUAUUGGUUAUGGAGCUAAAGACGUAUGUCAUGAUAAUUUAAUACGACCAAUACGUGGUCAAAUGAUUCGUGUUCGAGCACCAUGGAUUAAACAUUUUUAUUAUACAGAUGAUAAUUGUUAUAUGAUACCAAAUACUGAUACAAUAGUACUUGGUGGUACUCGUCAAUUAGAUGAUGAAAAUACAACAGUUGAUUUGAAUGAUAAAGAUGGUAUUUGGCAACGAUGUCUUCGAUUAUGUCCAAGUUUAGCGCAAGCUGAAAUUCUUUGGGAUUGGGCUGGAUUACGACCAAAUCGAGAACCAAUUCGUGUUGAAACUGAAACGAUUAAAUAUGGAAAUAAACAACUUUUAAUCGUUCAUAAUUAUGGUCAUGGUGGAAAUGGUAUUUCACUUUCAUGGGGUACUGCAAUUGAUGCAGCUCGUCGUUUUUCUUCAUUACUUAACGGAAUUAAUAAUCAAGAUAAACAAUUGACAUCGAAAUUAUAA